CAAAAGUUGUUUCGACAUGGCAGACUAUAAGCCAGUUCAGGACUUGCCUGAUGAGGCCGUCGAAUUGCUUGACGAAGGCUCACAUAGUCCGAACGCUAUGAUAGAUCAGCCAAAAGUCGAGAUGCAGGAGCAAGAGCAGGACACCGCUCGUCAUCGAUCAACAGCUUCACCAAGCAGCUCCAUUGUUAACCUGGCCAACACUGUCCUCGGCUCUGGAAUGCUUGCAAUGCCUUCUGCAGUGGCUUCUGUUGGCUUAAUACCUGCCAUAUUUUUGAUCUUAUUUGCAGCAGCAACAUCAUCUCUUGGAUUAUAUUAUCUUUCAAGAUGCGCAGCUCGAACGGAGGGUAGAAACGCAUCAUUCUUUGCGGUAUCACAGCUGACAUGGCCAUCAGCAGCCAUUUUUUUCGAUUUGGCCAUUGCCAUUAAAUGUUUCGGAGUCAGUGUAUCUUACCUUUUAAUUAUUGGAGAUCUGAUGCCGACGAUUAUCACAUCGCUGGCAGGCAUCAGCAACCAGGAUAACAUGCUUCUAGACAGAAGGUUUUGGAUAACGGUGUUCACAGUCACGGCGAUAGUACCCCUCUCCUUCAUGCGAAAGCUGGACUCUUUAAAGUACACCAGUAUAGUGUCGCUCUUUGCUGUCGCAUAUCUCUGUGCCAUUGUUAUAUGGCACUUUUCAUCUUCCAACUUCAUAAACGACCCAACUGGCAACGUAGAAAUGGUCCAUUUUUCUACUCGAUUCUUCCGAAGUCUUCCAGUUUUCGUAUUCGCCUUUACCUGUCACCAAAACUUAUUUGCAGUCUACAACGAACUUAAGGACAAUAGCAAGCAGGUGAUGGUUACUGUCAUUGGUAUCUCUAUAGGAUCGGCCACCGUCAUAUACGAGAUCAUUGGCACCUUAGGGUAUCUUUCCCUAGGCAAAUUAGUGCAUCCUAAUUUUAUAUUGGAAUACCCUUCAAGUGUCUUUGUCACUGGAGGUCGUAUAGCGUUGGUCAUCCUGAACACUUUCAGCUUUCCACUACAAGCUCAUCCAUGCCGAGCUUCCUUGGAAAAAGUCAUCGCUUGUUUAAAAUCCAACACUAGGAAGAACGGAAAAGCUCCUCCUCCCACCCCAUUCCAAUUCUUUGCCAUGACCACCGCAAUAUUGAUCGGUAGUUACAUCGUCGCGAUUACGGUCACGAAAUUGGAUUUGGUUUUGGCAUUUGUUGGAUCUACUGGUUCAACGUUGAUAUCAUUCAUCCUUCCCGGAUUGUUCUAUGUAAAGAUUAAUGAAAACGAGCCAUGGCAUCGAGAGAAGAUUGCUGCUUUGUGUUUGGCAAUUUACGGCGUCGCUGUUAUGGUGAUUUGCUUAACUUUCAACAUUAUACAUAUCUAUCAAUCUUGAUCUUAAAUAGAAUUGUUGUUAUUUUUUGGAUAGAACCCAUUAUAUUUAUUAUAAUUAUCGCUAUUGUACAGAG